UCCCCAUUCACCCACCCUGAAUCCAGCCACCUCUGAGAAGCCGACUUAGGACCACAGGAGGCUGUGGGAGGACAGCUAAGUAGAAGCCAUCACCAGGAUCCUCAGGAGAGAAGAGGAAAGAGACAUAAAAACAAUGGGAUUUGAAUUAAUUAAGAAUCAUCAGAUGGUGAAAGAGGAGGAGAAACCAAAAUGAUACAGCAGGAGACAGGUGCAGUUCCUGCAUCACCAAGAAAGCCCGAACAGCCGAAAGAAUGUUUCCUGAUACAACCAAAGGAAGCAAAAGAAGAUGCCACCAAGACCAGGAAGAGGAGAAAGAAGAAAAUUACUGAUGUCCUCGCAAAAUCAGAGCCAAAACCAGGGACGCCUGAAGAUCUACAGAAGCUGAUGAAGGACUAUUACAGCAGCAAUCGCUCAGUGAUUGAAUUAGAAGAACUAAAUCUACCAGAUUCCUGUUUCCUCAAGGCCAAUGACUUGACUCACAGUUUCUCAUCGUACCUAAAGGAAAUUUGUCCUAAGUGGGUAAAACUGCGGAAGAACCACAGUGAGAAGAAGUCGGUCCUGAUGCUGAUCAUUUGCAGCUCUGCCGUCCGAGCUCUGGAGCUCAUUAGCCCUAAAAUGAAGGAAAUACCCGAGCAGCCGCUGUCCAGGAUGCCAGACAACACCGCCAUGAAGCAGCAGAAGCUGCCUGCCCACCACCUGCGCUUCUCGGCCAAGCUGGUCCUCUCUAUUUUUUUUGGCACGGGCGCAUUCUGCCUUUGCAUGGGCGUCAUCCUAAUAUUAUCUGCAAAGAAGACCAAGAAAGUAGAGAUUAAUUACACAAAAAUAUGCGCAAAUUGUGCUGAAUUUCGGGAAAAUGCCUAUAACUUUGACAAGGAGUGUACCUGCUCUAUACCUUUUUACCUUCCACAGAAAAUGGAGGGUAACGUUUACAUGUACUACAAAUUGUAUGGCUUCUAUCAGAAUCUCUAUCGAUACAUUCAGUCCAGAAGUAAUAACCAAUUGACGGGUGAGGAUGUAAGGGAUGUUGAGAACUGCGCUCCGUUCAAAGUGUCUCGCGACGGUACUCCCAUUGCUCCUUGUGGGGCUAUCGCCAACAGCAUGUUCAACGAUACCAUAAUUCUUUCAUACAAACUUAAUUCGUCUGUACAUAUCAGAGUCCCAAUGCUAAAGAAUGGACUUACAUGGUGGACAGAUAAGUAUGUCAAAUUUCAGAAUCCAAGUUUCAAUGAUCUUCCUAGCAAAUUUGCAGGAAGCACAAAGCCCCCAAACUGGCCUAAACCAGUCUAUGAGCUCGAUAAAAGCAACCCAGACAACAACGGCUUCCUCAACGAUGACUUCAUUGUCUGGAUGCGGACAGCUGCCUUUCCCACAUUCAAAAAGCUGUACCGUAGACUCUACCGGAUUCACCAUUUUAUUCAAGGCCUGCCUGCUGGUAAUUAUAGUUUCAACAUAUCCUACAAUUUUCCAGUAACCAGGUUCCAAGGAGAAAAAGCUGUUGUUCUUUCCAUCCCGACGUGGUGUGGAAGUGGGGGCUUUUUCUUAGGCAUCGCCUACACAGUCACAGGAGCGUUAACAUGGUUGGCCUCUUUUGUCUUAAUGGCCUUUCACUUGACCUGGAAAAGAAAGAAGAAAGAAGUCCUCCAAGAGCGAAGUCAGGCCUCAAGCAGAAAAGCGGAAAACACAAGUGGACAAUGAAGUAACACAGCCCUGGCUGGGAGCAGACAUUUCAAGAAAGGGAACUGGAUCGACUGAACAAAUGCGAUCCCUGAUAACUAGUGAGAAUUUCAGCAGUGGGAGGGCAGAAAGUAGAGGAGGGGGAGGGGGAGGGAGAGAAGGAGAAGAAGGAAUGUUUGUGUGUAGUAAAAUGUUCUUGGAAUGGAAACCAUAAAGCAUCUUUGGGCUCUAA